CUGGUGGUGCUGAUAGCAGCGAAACAAAGGAGACACCGAAAAAGAGAGCGACAGGGCCACAGGGGGAAAGAGAAAUGGGGAGAGAAAGAGAGGUGCCGAAGCAGCAACAGCAACAGGUGGGAUACGCGGAGCAGCUUGUCGCCGUUAAUCGCUAUAAUCCUGACAUCCUUCCCGAUCUCGAAAACCAUGUCAACGAGCAGGUUUCAUCACAAACGUACAGCUUGGAUGCAAAUCUAUGCCUUCUUCGCCUCUAUCAGUUUGAACCAGAGAGAAUGAGUUCUCAGAUUGUAGCCCGCAUAUUGGUCAAGGCCCUCAUGGCAAUGCCAGCUCCGGACUUCAGCCUUUGUCUCUUUUUGAUUCCAGAACGUGUGCAAAUGGAGGAGCAAUUCAAGACAUUGAUUGUUUUAUCACACUAUUUGGAGACAGGAAGAUUUCGCCAGUUUUGGGAUGAAGCAGCAAAGAAUCGUCAUAUAGUUGAAGCUGUGCCAGGUUUUGAGCAAGCAAUUCAAGGUUAUGCAAUUCAUGUGCUCUCGUUAACUUACCAAAAGGUUCCUAGAUCUGUGCUGGCUGAGGCCAUCAACAUAGAAGGCUUGGCCUUGGACAAAUUCCUUGAACACCAAGUAGCUAACAGUGGUUGGGUCAUUGAGAAAGGCCAUGGCAAAGGUCAACUCAUUGUCCUACCAAGAAAUGAAUUCAAUGACCCAGCAUCGAAGAAAAAUGCUGCAGACAGCGUGCCAUUGGAGCAAAUUACGCGUAUUUUCCCUAUUCUGGGCUGACAUAUCUCUGGAUCCGCCCAGU